CCCACCUCGGAACGCGACCACCCCUUGCUUUCCUCCGCUACACCCUCCGAGGCCACGUACACGAUACUACUUAAAAGACCAGACUAGUCGCCCCGGGCCGUUGAUUGCUCGGUUUCAAUCCCUGCUUGCUAUCUUUCUCCGCGUGCGCUGCGGGAUCCUGUCAUGAGCGAGUCCACGGACAGGAGGGGGCGUUCCCCGGGGCCAUCGCCGAAGGGCUCGCGCUCGGGCAGGCGGGCGAGUCGUCCGAGCCGCGCGGUAUCGCGGUCGAAAUCAAGGUCGCGGUCGAAGGAGUCGAAGAAAGGGUCCUCGUCGUCGGUGGAGGCAUCGCCCGGAUCAUUCCCGGCCAGAGGGCGAUCGCGCGUCAGGCGACCCUCGAACCCGUUCUCGGACGAGAAUCUAAGGCGGAGGGGGUAUCACUCGCUCAUCUCGUCGUUCGGGAAGAUAUUUCACGUCGAGAAACGAUGGAAGCUCAUUCGGGAGAUGGGAUCUGGGGCAUAUGGAGUGGUGAUCUCUGCGGCAGACGAGAUUUCCGGGGAGACGGUAGCCAUCAAGCAGGUCAACCGGGUGUUUGACAAGAUACAACUUGCGAAACGCGCACUACGAGAAGUGACACUCCUCAGACAUUUCGCUAAUCACGAAAACAUCACCGGCCUAAUCGACCUGGACGCCAUCUCUCCCGAUUUCAACGAGAUUUACAUCUUCAUGGAGCCUAUGGAAGCAGAUCUGCACCAGAUCAUCAAAUCCGGCCAAAGUUUGACCAAUGAACACGUCCAAUACUUCCUCUACCAGGUUCUACGAGGCAUGAAAUAUGUGCAUUCCGCGUCUGUGGUCCAUCGAGAUCUCAAGCCUGGCAAUCUUCUCGUGAACGCCGACUGUGAACUGAAGAUCUGCGACUUCGGGCUGAGUCGAGGCUUCGAGCAGCGGCCGGAUGAACAUGCGACGACAAACAUGACCGAGUAUGUGGCGACGCGGUGGUACCGUGCACCAGAGAUUAUGUUGGCAUUUCGACAGUAUGACACGGCCAUUGAUGUCUGGUCGAUAGGUUGCAUCUUUGCAGAACUGCUGCUUGGCAAACCGUUGUUCAAGGGAAAGGAUUAUGUCGACCAGCUCAAUAAGAUCCUGGACGUGCUCGGUACACCCGAAGACCCGGUCAUCACUCGGAUAGGGAGCGAAAGGGCUCAAGCCUACAUCAGGUCGUUGCCCGUCAAGAAACGGGUUCCGUUCCACAAGAUCGUACCCACGGCCGACAGCGCAGCGCUCGACCUUCUAGAGAAGAUGCUCGCCUUCGACCCCGCCGCGCGCAUCACCGUCCCGGACGCACUCGCGCACCCCUGGCUUUCGUCCUACCACGACGAGCAGGAUGAGCCCGAAUGCCCUAUUCCAUUCGAGAAGUGGCGCUACAUCGAGACGCUCGAGACGAUCGACCAGUUUCGGGACGCGCUCUGGAACGAGAUCCAGGAGUAUCGGCGCGAGGUGCGCUCCGUUGUGCCGGAUAUACUCAUCGGCGGCGGCAGCCAGCCGGCGUCGCUCGAGCGCCCGCACCGGCCUCCACCACACUCGCAGUCGCCGGCGGUAUCGCCCGCGAUGGCACGGAGCACGCUGCCCGAGGUUCCGGAAGAGUCGUCGUCCGCGUCCGCAUUGGGCAGCCCGGCAAAGAUCACGGAGAACGGAGACAAGGGGAACGGGCAGGACGCUGUGGGCGAGGCGGUAGAAGCGCCGGUGCCGUUCCCCGCGAAGGAGCCCGACGCACCGGAGGCGAUCGCGCCGAUGCCGGUGGACCCCGUCGUGACGUACGCGCGUCGGUCGAGCGUCCUGCGUUCGCAAUCGUACUCGAGCUACCACGCGCCAUCGCCACGAUCGCGUCAUCAGCCGAUUCCGUCCUUCGACGGGCACUACCACCCGCGCACCGGCCUGUCACGCGUCGUCAACGCCGACGCCGGCGAGGCGCUGGAGACGGCCGCAAGCACGAGCGCGGGCACGGCGCAACCUGCGGUGGCUGGCAGCGUGCCGUUCCCUGGUUCAGGAUACGCGGACUACGUGAUGCCUGCGCGAUCACGUACGAUGUCGACCGCGACGCGCGAGGUCGUCUCGCGCAAGCUCCUGCGCACACUCUCGACCGUGAGCAUCCACGAGACGGGCGCGGGCCACCCCGGCGGACUGGCGGAGAUUGCGCCGAUCGGACGGUAUAUACUCGAGAAACGCGGGCCGACGGAGGUGACGGAGGCGGAUAGGCCACCGAGCGACCUGCCAGGGGAACUUGGCGGGACCGAUGAACAGAAAGGCGCUGGCGAAGGAGGGGAGGAGGAGGAGAAGGAGGAGAAGGAGGGCAAAAGCGGCAAGGGCAAGGAGAAAGAUAAGCGGGAGAUUGGGAAGGAGAGAAGGGCAGCGAUGUUCACGGUCGGUUGAGGAUUCGCGAAGUUCGGGAGGUUUCGACGGUGGUUUGGUGCGCGCAAACACAUGCUUAGACAUCAUUUCUAUAGAGUUCACAUUGGGAACAUCGAAAAGUUGUAC